GCAGCGCUUCCGGGUGAGGCGGGCGGGAUGCGCGCGGACGAGGUGGCGGCGCUGUGCUAUGAGCACUACCGGGCGCUGCCGCGGCGUGGGAAGCCGGAGCGCGGCCGCGAGUGGACGCUGCUGGCGGCCGUGGUGCGGGUGGUGAGUUUUGCAGCUGUUCUUUCAGCCAAUGUUAUUUCCUUUUCAGUAACUAAGGAAGUUGUUGCUAUGGGGACUGGAACAAAAUGCAUUGGCCAGACAAAAAUGAGAAAAAGUGGGGAUGUUCUCAAUGACAGUCAUGCUGAAGUUGUGGCCAAGAGGAGCUUCCAGAGGUAUCUCCUCUACCAGCUGGGGCUGGCAGCCUCACACCAGCAGUGUAGCAUCUUCAUCCCAGGGACGGAGACUGGGAAGUGGAAACUCAAGCCACACAUCACUUUCAUUUUCUUCUCUAGCCACACUCCUUGUGGGGAUGCCUCCAUUAUUCCCAUGAGUGAACGAGAGGACCAGCCUUGCAAGCCGGUUGGUUUAGAAGGUGUGAUAAGACAGUCAGCAGAGUGUGGUAUGAACCGUGACCCCCUGGGUCCAGAAAACAAAAGGAAAACAGAGGGAACUGAAAGUGAGCAACUAAGCAAAAGAGUGAAAGUUGUCACCAGCAGUUGUUCAUGGGAGGUCACUGAGGGGCCAGCUACUUCACAGGUUUCUGGGAAACAAGGGAGUUUACAACACACCGAUCCCAGCACUGCUGCGUCCACUGAAGGUGGACAAACAGUGAGUGCAGUAGCUGCCCAGGAGGCUGGCCGGACGAAAGCCAAGGUGAUGGAUGUUUACAGAACUGGAGCUAAGUGUGUGCCAGGAGAGCUGGGUGAUGCUCUGGGGCCUGGGGUUGAGUACCAUCACGUGGGAUUGCUAAGAGUAAAGCCGGGCCGUGGGGAUAGGACGUGUUCCAUGUCCUGCAGUGACAAGCUGGCUCGUUGGAACGUGCUGGGAUGUCAAGGAGCCCUUCUGAUGCAUUUGCUGGAGCAGCCAGUGUAUUUCUCAGCGAUUGUUGUGGGGAAGUGUCCAUACAGCCAAGAGGCCAUGCAAAGAGCAGUUGUUGAAAGGUGUCAGCACGUCUCACGUUUACCAGAGGGUUUCCAGGUACAGGAGGUGAAAAUGUUGCCGUCAGGUCUUCAGUUUGAAUAUAGCCAUGGGGCAGUCCAGGCACUUCAUGAGAGCAGCAAAGCAAAACUGGUUCCUUGUGGUGCAGCUAUUGGUUGGAGUGCAGUCCCCGAGCAGCCUCUGGAUGUGACCGCCAAUGGCUUCAGGCAGGGAACAACGAAGAAGGGGAUUGGAAGUCCCCAGAGCAGGUCCCGCAUCUGCAAAGUGGAAAUUUUCCAUGCGUUCAAAAAGCUAGUAGCAAGCAUUUCACAGGAGAAUCUGCCCAAAUCUCUCAGGAUGAAGAAAUUGGAGACCUACCAAGAGUACAAGGAAGCGGCUGCGAAUUACCAGGAGGCCUGGCAGGUGCUGCGUAGCCAGGCCCUGGGGGCUUGGAUCCAGAAUGCAAAGGAUUACCUGCAGUUCACGUGAGAAGAGGGGAGUGGGGAAGCCCAGCACUGGAGCCCUGAGACGCAGACUGGGAGGCCUAUUCAGUCCAUGGGCUCAGUCUUGGCUUUUAGGAGAAUGCCUCAGCCAGUCUCUGUGCUCUUCAGGAAUGUGAAGGGGAAGGAGGUGACGGGUGGCCUGGAAAAAUGGAAGCUUGUUUGCUUGGGUGAGGCUGUUUUUACAUGAUGUUCUUCACUGCAAUAUAAAUGAGGCCUGCACGGAUUUGAAUGUGCCAAUUCCAAGCUCAAUGUGCCCAGUUAACCCUGGCCUAUCUGCUCUGAAAUUAAAGGAGAUGCGAGUCAGCCAG